AUGCAGGACCUAAGCACUAAGGAUGAAUUAAGUGAUAUUCCUCUUUGCAUUUCUUCUUCUAGAAUGAGGAAUAUGAUGAAAAGUUCUCCGGAGGUGGACUGCGUCAGCAGUGACGCAGUAAUAGCAAUGAUUAAAGCAACAGAAUUGUUCGUUAAAGAAAUGGUCCUUUUAUCGAAGCCACGAGAAAGCAACGAAAUUAAUUACAAGGACUUGUCCAGUAUUCAAAAUGUGCACGACCGAUUCUCCUUCCUCUCUGAUAUACUUCCCCAAAAGAUAACUGCGAAAGAGUGGAAGGAAAAGUAUGAAAAACUAUUUGAGUCUUCUUAA